UGGAGGCCGCGCUACGGCGGCCGGGUGGGGACACGGCGCGGGGGAGGCGAAGCGAGGCGGGGAGCGGCGGGAGCGGUUGGGAAGAUGCUGGAGACGGCGGCGGUGGCGGCCGAGCCGGAGCUGGACCCCGAGGACUUGGUGCAUUUUUCGGUGGGCGAUUUGCCCAGCCGCGGUUACGGCGUGAUGGGCGAGAUCCGGCGGCAGGGCAAGCUCUGCGACGUGACCCUCAAGGUAGGCGACCAUAAGUUCAGUGCUCACCGAAUUGUUCUGGCAGCUUCUAUCCCCUACUUCCACGCCAUGUUCACCAACGACAUGAUGGAGUGCAAGCAGGAUGAGAUUGUCAUGCAGGGGAUGGAUCCCAGUGCACUUGAGGCUCUGAUCAACUUUGCCUACAAUGGUCACCUGGCCAUAGAUCAGCAGAACGUCCAGUCUCUGCUGAUGGGGGCGAGUUUCCUUCAGCUGCAGAACAUCAAAGAUGCUUGUUGCACUUUCCUCAGAGAGAGGCUUCACCCUAAGAAUUGUCUGGGAGUGCGACAGUUUGCGGAGACGAUGAUGUGUGCAGUGCUCUAUGACGCCGCCAACAGCUUCAUUCAUCAGCAUUUCGUGGAGGUAUCCAUGUCUGAAGAGUUCCUAGCACUGCCUUUUGAAGACGUCCUGGAGCUUGUUUCUAGGGAUGAGCUCAACGUGAAGUCUGAAGAGCAGGUGUUUGAAGCUGCAUUAGCUUGGAUACGGUAUGACCGAGACCAGCGAGAGUCCUUCCUACCUGAGCUCCUGUCCAAAAUCCGCCUCCCCCUUUGUCGACCCCAGUUUCUCACUGACCGUGUGCAACAAGAUGACCUGGUCCGCUGCUGCCACAAAUGCAGAGAUCUAGUUGAUGAAGCAAAAGAUUAUCACCUCAUGCCAGAGCGUCGGCCACACCUCCCGGCGUUCAAGACCCGUCCUCGGUGCUGUACUUCGAUUGCAGGAUUGAUUUAUGCUGUCGGAGGACUCAACUCAGCAGCAAAUUUUUAUGCAGGUGACUCGCUGAACGUGGUGGAAGUCUUUGAUCCCAUUGCCAACCGCUGGGAGAAGUGCCAGCCCAUGACCACGGCCCGCAGCCGAGUCGGGGUUGCGGUGGUGAACGGGCUGCUCUAUGCCAUCGGUGGCUACGAUGGCCAGCUGAGGCUGAGCACUGUGGAGGUGUACAACCCAGAGAUGGAUUCCUGGUCCAAAGUGGAAAGUAUGAACAGCAAGCGAAGCGCGAUGGGAACGGUGGUGCUGGAUGGCCAGAUCUACGUAUGUGGCGGGUACGAUGGAAACUCAUCCCUCAACUCUGUGGAGUCCUACUCUCCAGAGACAAACAAGUGGACAGUGGUGACCCCCAUGAGCUCCAACCGCAGCGCCGCUGGAGUCACCGUCUUCGAGGGCCGGAUCUACGUGUCGGGGGGGCAUGAUGGCCUGCAGAUCUUCAACAGUGUGGAGUACUACAACCACCACACGGCCACGUGGCACCCAGUGGCCAGCAUGCUCAACAAACGCUGCCGCCAUGGAGCGGCCUCGCUGGGCAGCAAGAUGUUUGUCUGCGGAGGCUACGACGGCUCGGGCUUCCUCAGCAUCGCCGAGGUCUACAGCUCCAUGGCAGAUCAGUGGUACCUGAUCGUCCCCAUGAACACCCGGAGGAGCCGAGUCUCACUGGUGGCGAACUGUGGCCGGCUCUACGCCGUGGGGGGUUACGACGGACAGUCCAACCUCAGCUCAGUAGAAAUGUACGACCCGGAGACAAACCGUUGGACGUUUAUGGCCCCGAUGGUGUGUCAUGAGGGAGGGGUUGGCGUGGGCUGCAUCCCCCUCCUGACCAUCUGAGAGGAGAGAGUUUGGGGAGGGGGGGAGACACACUCAUCUUCUCAGUGACAAUCCGGGGAGAGUGUUUCCGCCGGGGUGCGUUUCCAGGUGCUCAUUCACACACACACACACACACAAACACACAAAAAACUCAACAAACCAAUCCCCACCCUUGGCUUUUUGGGCUGAGGCUCCUCCAUGAUCAAACAUGUUGAAAUACAGUGAGUCGACGUGCUGGUGUGAGCAAGGACCUGCCCACCUUCCUCCACCCCCCCACACACCCCCCCCGUUGGCCUUUGCUGGGUGAAUCCUUCCCCUCCCUGUGGUCUGCUUCUGGCUGCACCCUUGGGAAGCCCUGGUGUAGGCCAGGGGAGCAGGGCAGGCUGAAUUAUGACAUAAAAACAGCCGCUUUAAUGACUUUGAAAAUACCCUCACACCUUCCAUCAGCAGCAAAGCAACCCUGGUACCCCGAGGGUUCGGUUUGGCUGUCGUGGUGGCUUGCUGCUGGGCAACGGAUCUCCCCUGGCUUAUUGAAACAGAAAAAAAAAC